AUGGGAUGUGGAGCAUCAAAGAAUCAGAUUGAAGUCUUACCGAGAACGUCUACCCCCGCUGCAACAAAGAUAUCAACAAACGAUGCACCACAUCAAACUUUACGUACCAGGAGUCUCCAAUCACUGAGGGCGGUCGCAACAAAAGACGACGAGCUAGUACCAGUAGUUACAAACUCUGACCUUGAGGCAGAAGAAAUCGAUGAUAAUCUAGAAGAAGAACUGAGACCAAAAUCUGUAGGAACAGUAGACACUGAUUCUGAAGAUGAUGGUCUUCCAAUUAGCUCUGUGAGUAAUGCAUGGUCACAACCUGAAUCAGAUCGAACCGAUCAGGAGACUGGAGAGUCAACGGCUCCUACAGCUCUAAAAGACGAUAGCCAAAGAGACGAAGACGCAAAAAAUGAUUUAGUUACCGACGAUUUGAUAAAUCGAAGUACAGACGCUAUUGAUGGAGACAACAAAGACGCAUUGCUGCCUUUAGAUGGGAACUUACAGAAAGAGGAAACAGAAAGUGUGCAGAUGGAAACAUAUAAAGCCACUGGAGCAAUAACUGACGAUCCCAUUCCUGUGGAUGUAUUUCAAGUAGAUCAAGAUAUGCUGACUGACAUAGAGGAUGAAAAUGUAUUAGGAGAUGCAGAAAAUGAGAAUAAAGUGAAAGAAAAUAAACCAGGUCUUGAAACUGCUUCUACAUUUAUAACAGAAGCAAUUCCUGAAGACGAAGAUGACAAUAUAGAUGAUGAAAUCAAAAUUGAUCAAUCACCAGAUAACACAUCAGUAAAUGAAGUGGCUAGCUUAGAAGCAGAGGAAGAAGCAGAACAGACAGAAGCAAAUGAUGAUGUUUCAAAAGAGAAAACUAAUGAAACGGAAGGGGAGACUAAAGUCAUUGAACAAUCUUUAUUAAAUUCCUACCGCGAAGGAGUUAAAUUACCAGAAGAACGUGCGAAAGGGAUUACUGACGGCAGUGCUUUCGUUCAUGCCAGAGCGUCUGCUAAAUGGCCAAUUCGCUGCUUUGCUGAUCUAACUAAAAUCAAUGUGAAUGCCAAAUAUGGCGGAUGUGCAGCAUUAUUUCUGGUAUCUUGUGCCUAUGGAGGCAAAGAUGAAAGUACGAGUGAGGUAUUUCUUCUCGGAUGUGGCUUUGAUAGAAACCACUACUACUCGAAAAGCCUCAUCCAGAUAUGGAAUGGGCAUUUCGGGCCAUCAACUGCACUACAUACAGACGAAGAAGGUGGCCUGUACUGUGAUUGCCUUUUUGGUGAUAAUUUUAUAUCUGUUCUUCCGAAUGAUCCUAGUUACUGUGGCAAAGGGUGUGGUGGUUUGGUUUGCCAAACUGGGGAUACGGACGACGAAAGCUUCAACCUCCCAUAUAACAUGAUUGAAGACAGAAAUGGUGGGACUUCAAUGAUUCUCUGUAGUGCUGAGCUAUCGGGUGCUGGAGAAACUGAGGUUGUUUCGGCGGUAUAUGUUUUACGUACAGGUCGUCAAAACAAAUUUGGCGAACUGGACGACAAUAAGAUAUUUAAGAAGCUGUCUGACAAUGGAACUGAUAAAUGGAAAUUUGGGACGAACUCUGGUGGGCAGCUCACUAUUGCAGGGCCUAAACGAACUAAAAUUGCCAUAUAUCACAACCGCACCGACUGCGGCAUAGAUCGGCAAGGACAGAGGCCAAAUGUGAUGCAUUUCCAAGCUUACCGGGGAAAUGAAGAAACGAUAAUUCUAGAUCAACUACCUAACCAUGGAUUGGCUUUAGUAUUAUGUUCAACGAGCCAUGGAACCGAUAGUGAAACGUCAUCAGCACUCUAUAUGGCUACAAUGUCUGAGACUGUCAAGUAUGAAUUCGUCCAAGGAGUUACGUCCAAGGAAUCAGCAGAUUUGUGGACAAUUUUUGGAAAAGAUGGGAGAAUGAUUAUAACCGGACCGUCUUCUCCGUGUAGGUACGGUGUUUUCUGUAACACUCCCUCGCGACAGAGUGAAUCCAUGCCAGGUAAAUAUAGCUGCCUAGCAACAGGUAAAUCUCAACCAAUUAGAGGAAGUAUUCACGUUGACAUGGAAGCCAUUACUGGAUGGGUGUCUGACAAAUCGGAAGUUCGGAUCACAGUUAACGAAGUCAUAUUUGGAACGUACCAGGCAGAUCAGCUCAUCCAGACAGAAAAUGGAAAAUUCGCGUUUCAAAAAACAUGGGAAAAGGAAGAAUCAAAAGCAGGAAUUUAUUUAGUUCGUGUAUAUGCAAUAGAUACCGACACAGAUGGUGAAAACAGACUGCUGGAAUUGGAUGGUUCACCGUUUAGUCUAAUACGACAACCAGAACGGGUGACAUUUGCCAUAAACUGCGGGGGACAAAUAUACCAAGCAUUGAAUGGCAUAAUUUAUGAAUCCGAACAUAGGCAUUAUGUCAACUACGGAAAAGGGCCAUCUUGUAAAGCCCUUGGUGGUGUAAAAUAUCCGGCAGUGCUGUUCCAACAAUUGAACAACACACAUGACGGGUUCCUAUACGGUUCCUCUAGGUCAACGGGCGUGGAAGCAGACGAUGAAAAGCAUAUUCUUUACGAGGUUCCUGGUUUAAAGAACGGCGAGUACAAGUUACGGCUGCAUUACCCCAAUUCAGGAAAGCAGACUUGUGUUGUACAGGGAAAAGACAGAGGCAGUGAGAUUUCAAAGCAAUUACAAUCGAUUCCGCGAUUACAUGAUGGGUACCUUCCGUGUCUGGCUACAAUUCCAGUGACCGUCACCAACCAAAAACUCACAAUACGCCUUGACAGUGGAAUGAUUUGUGCAUUUGCAUUGAUGGAAUCUGACUACGAGGACCCUGUACACGAUGACGUUUUUUUGAAAAGAGAAAGAGAUCAAAAGCAAAAGCUUUUAGACUCAGCUACUCCGAUGGCAACCAGCCUUGGAAGGAAGAAACUCACUAUAGCCGGAUGGUCACAGAAUUUAUUACAAAAUGCUAGUGGCGAGUCAGGAAAUUUAUCUCACUGGAACUACGGUGGAACAUGGGACGUACAAGGUGGAGGAUACGAAACAGAAAAAGCUUUCGUAUCCUCUCAUAUGUGGUGCAGUAAGUAUCAAGAAGUAGAUCUUACGAAGUAUUUCUCAGAAAAACAUCUCGACACAGCACCGGAAAUACAGAUUCACGAAUGGUAUCAUGAAGGUUGUUGUGGGGGUGGUUUCUAUAAGUUUGAGGCGACCCUACUUAACGCUGCCGGUGAUGUAGUCAAGAAAUACAAUUCUGGCGAGAUUGGGACAAUAUAUUCUGGUAAAUGGGCGAAAGAGGGCGUGUCUUUCAAAGAUUAUGGGCCCGGAGUCAGGAUGGUCGGAUUAGAGUCACAGGGCAAAGAUGAUAAAUUUUGGGGAGGCCAUUAUGGUACUAAAUGCGCUGCUGCUUGUAUUCGAGUCAAAAGUGAGGUAGAGGCUGCGGAAAACGAUGUAUAUGAUGACUUGGAUCUCCUGGAGAGAGACGCAAACCAGCACGAUCAGCUUGCUCUAAAGCUGCUAACGGAUAAUGCCGAAUUGUUGGCAGAGACUGGCGCUUAUGAUGCGCAAGAAGUAACAAUAACCGAGACUGGCGCCGAGCAGAACGCAAAACGGGAGGUCAGGAGGAAAACAGAUAAAAGGAAAAAUCGAGAAAUUCGAGUGUUUGUUUCGAGUACAUUCAGAGAUUUUAAAAGAGAACGAGAACAUUUGAUUAAGAAAACGUUCCGAGAAUUGAAUCGGAUAUGUUCUGAUCGCAAUGUGUUCUUUACGUACGUCGAUUUGAGAUGGGGAAUAACCACGGAACAGACAAAGCAUGGACGUACCAUAGCCAUCUGUCUGCAGGAGAUCGACCGGUGUCGUCCAUAUUUUAUAUGUCUUAUGGGUGAUCGUUAUGGAUGGAGUCAGAAAGAAGACGAGAAAGACAAGACACUGGAUCAGAGUUUUGACUAUGCCGUCGAUAACCAUCGUCACUUGAACUGGUUGGAUAACUACAGAUAUAACACAAGUGUUACCAAGUUGGAAGUCCUAUACGCAGCGUUGUUGGACACAGAAGCCGCAAAAAGUCGUUCGUUCUUCUAUCUCCGAGAAUCUCCAGACAAACUGAAUUAUCUGGUAGACCCACAAGAAGUAGAGGUGUAUACAUCAGAAAGUGAAUGGCACCAUGAUAGACAAUACGAUCUAAGGCGUGACGUCACGGAGAGUGGCCUGAAUAUCCGUGCGUAUGAAAGCCCAGAAGAAGUCUGUGAACUAAUUAAAAGGGACCUGGAAAGCUGUGUGGAAGAAGACUUUCCAAUCGGAACAGAACUGACACUGCUGGAACGAGAACGAGACGCGCACAUGGCAUUUGCUGAGGCCAGGCGGCGAGUUUACAUCGGGCGCGGAGAGUACUUUGACCACAUUCAGACUUUCGUUGGUGAACAAAAACAAGUGCCACUUGUCAUUCUCGGAGAAUCUGGUUCUGGGAAAUCAGCACUGAUUGCCAACUGGGUGGCUAAAUAUGAGGAGGCGAACCAAGAAGCUUUUGUUUUUGUUCAUUUCAUUGGUUCCUCUGCGGAAAGUGCCUCUCAUACAAAACUGUUACGACGGCUGAUGGAAGAAUUAAAACUGUAUUUCGAUUUCGACAUGGCUGUUCCGUCAUCGGACAGUAACCUGAUCCGAGACUUUCCUGCGUGGCUCCGAUUGGCUGGCUCACGUGGAAAGGUUGUCAUCGUUCUGGAUGCGUUAAACCAGUUAGACAGCGGGGCUGGUGGGGAGGAACAGGAUCUGUUGUGGUUACCUCGACAGUUGCCACCAGGCGUGUGUGUAGUGCUUACCACAUUGGUCGGUAGGGCUUUUGAUGCUGUCACCUCGGCUGGCUGGCCAACAUUUCCCGUCCACGCAUUGAAGCCUGAUGAGAAAGAAGCGAUCAUAACGGGAUAUUUAGAAGGAAUCUAUGGAAAGACGCUCACUGGUGAACAAAAACAAAAUAUCAUCGACGCCCCUCAGAGCAAUAACCCAUUGUACCUUAGGGCUUUACUGGACGAGCUUCGUGUGUUCGGUGAUUUCGGCAACCUAGGGAAAAGGCUUGACCAUUUGUUGUCUGCCGAAGACCCGAGUGUUCUAUUCGGCAAGAUACUGGAACGUCUUGAACAAGAUUUCGAAAAAGGACAGGAUGGCAGGGAAUUUCUUGUUCGUGACACCACCGCUGCUAUCUGGUGUUCUCAUCGUGGCAUGUCUGAAGAGGAAUUGCUACAGAUGUUAAAUGUGCCUUCCGCAAUUUGGUCUCCUUUCUACCUCUCGUUGGAUGAAAACCUCAUCAACAGAAAUGGGAUUGUAAAUUUCUUUCACGACCAUUUACGACAAGCGGUGGAAGCUAGGUACCUUCCAACGGCAGAAGAUAAACAACAAAAAUAUGGCUAUCUUGCAGCUUUCUUUGAAAGUCGGGAGAGCGAUGACAGAGUGGCUGACGAGUUACCUUACCUACUGGCCAAAGCGGGUGACCUUACUAAACUACGAACUGUAAUAACAAAACACGAUAUCUUUCGACGUCUGAUGAAAACCGAAGAAGGAAAAUUCGACCUCAUAAAAUGGUGGCAACUGUUAGGUGACUACACUCAGGUAGAAUCAGCCUAUCUCGACGCUCUGGCAGACAUCGAUAAAAAAGACGAAGACGUUAAGGAUCUUUCUGGUCUUGUCCAAUCAAUCGCCGAGUUCUUUAUUGAUUUGGGGUUAUAUAACGGAGCCAAGUCUCUGUACAAAAGGCUUCUGUCUCAGCUUGAAGCUGAGUACCUGACAUCCCACAGUACCGUUGUCUAUUGCGUAAACAAUCGUAGACGUACACACAGAUGUAACCACCCACGUGUCAUCGAUAAUUUGUUUUUCUACUGUAGGUCUGUUUUACUGUUGCAAGGUGACCCGGCGGAGGCUAAAAGAGUUUUUCUUCGUGCCAAGGAGGUCGCUGUUGAUGCACUGACUCCUACACAUCAAUAUGUCGCUGCCAUAAUAGGACAGUUAGAUCCUUACCAUGGCUUAUGGGACUAUGUGCCUCACUCGUUCCCGAAGGGACAAGUUUCAACCACCGUUUUAUUAGUGAUUAGUUAA